CCGAAAUACGAUGCUCUUUUGAAAAAAUGCCAUUCUCUUCUCGAGGGGAUUGCAGAGCUGAAGUUUCCGCCUGUGAAACCAAGAUGGGCGGAUUUUACCGACGCUGGACCUGGAGUUGCUUGUAACAAUUUCGAAGUACAGUUCAGGGAUGCUGAGUUAGCGAUUAUCCAUAACAGUGACUAUCGGAUCAGACUGCAUUCUUCCAGGGGUAAUUCGUCUGAUAACGAGGCCGAGAGAACUAACAGCGCAAUCGGCGACAGUAUCGUAGAUGGCGCAACACUCCAGUGGAACAAACAUAAACGCUUUGAUGGACUAAGUGAUGAAGAUAUAAGUAAACUGACUGUGAAAGAGUUCGAAGAACACGAGACGGAUAGAAUGGAGAAGAAUGCGUGGUACUGUGCUAAUGAAAUUCGCAAUAGGGUUGAUGGGGCACCAGUGUUUAACGAGUUUAUUAAAUGUUAUUUAACUCCAAAACAAAGCCCUUUCUUUUUCAACAAAAAAUACUUAAAACAAUUUCAAAGUUGUACUGCCGCUGAGUCAAAACAACAGGUUCCUGGUUACCACUACAUAACGAAUGUUUUAAACUUUAUUGAAAGACACUACAGAAUUGGUGAACUAUAUAUGGAAUAUAUAAGGGACAGAUGUCGGGAAAAUGGCGAGGUAUGCAAGAAAUGUAGUGAAAAGGACUGGGUUGGACCCAGGUUCUCCAGAGUUCCUGCCCCGUAUCCAGAUCCUGAUAAGCCAGGGCAUUAUAUGAGUGUUUUCAACACACCAACCACAGACAAUAACGGGCAGUUAAGGGAAGUGGAUGAUGUCGCUCCCAGGGCAGUGAUAAAGCGUCUAUAUAAAGCUGGCACGAUCUCAUCGGACAAUAUCGAACAACUUAAAGAAGUAUCCAGUCGCUAUUGUGUUGAAGAGAAGGAUGUCGCAUCAUAUGUUAAACUCCUUUAA